ACGAUAUUACAUUAUUUAUUUCUUGAUAGUUGAUAUUGUGCUGUACUCUCAGUUAUAAAAUAAUAAUUUAUUACUGUUGUGUUCAUACAAUUUUUAAAUAUUAUUGAUUAAUAUUUAGUUUAGUAACCAACACUUUCAAACUAUACCAAUAUGUCAGGACGCGAAGGAGGAAAAAAGAAGCCUUUAAAAAACCCUAAGAAAGAAUCUAAAGAUUUAGAUGAAGAUGACUUAAAAAUGAAACAGAAAUUAAAAGAACAACAAAAAGCUUUGAAUGAUCUUAAAUCAAAAGCUGCACAAAAAGGACCAAUGGUCAGUGGUGGAAUUAAAAAAUCGGGCAAAAAAUAAUGUACGAAUCRCGUCAUAAUUAAGAGAAAAACAUUAAAACAUCCUAUGUAAAUUACAGAUCUUCCUGUAUGAUGAUUUCAAACUAAAAUACAAUGCUUUGUUAUUUACUAUGAUAAUAAUAACAAUUUUAUUUUAUACUUCAAA